AUGCCACAACCGGAGGAAUCCCCGCAGACGCGCUACAUGCGAAACAUCCAACUCAUGGAGAGCCAGUUUUUUCGCCAGAUGUCGACUGUCGGGGCACAGCCUGUCUCGCCCCUGAGUUCGAAAAUGGGAGUCUUGAGUCCACCCACUGAUCCGUCGGAUUCGCUUUCUCGAUCGCCUAGCCCGCCCCCUCCAAUUCCUCCAAAGACCUACCUUACGCACAGCCCCCAAACAUCCUUGUUCAGGACGAGAAUUGCAGAAACAGAGAAAACUUCAGUCUCAGGACAGAGUCGUUUUGAAAAGAAUGCCAGAAGCAGUGUACAGAGCGACAUAUCGGCAUCCGCGUCGCCAACCCAGUCACGCAAACCUUUAUUCAAACCGAACACGUCGCUGAAGUCGCACAAAUCGCUUCUGGAACAGGCUAGUCAGUCCGUAGCUAGGCCAGCGCUCCGAUCGGACUCUGUUGAAGAAGACGAGUUGCGUGACUCAGUGGGGACCUUGGACUAUUUCGGCCGCAAGGGCUACAGAGCGUCCAAUGACGCAUAUAACUCGCUGCUAUUCAAGAACUCGACCGAUUCGAUGCUCAGCGCAGAUGAUAGUCCUGUUAUGAUAGAAAACCUGCCCGAGAGCGUCAGGCUGAUUGUCGACUCGCGUCCCAGCGGCCAGGUCCAUGAUCUCGACUAUUUCGACGGCGCCCAAUAUAGUGCAUUCUGGCACAUAACGGAAGAUGAAGCGCAGGCUCUCACAGACUGGAAUUCUCUUGAAUUCCAUCGCCAAAAUGCCAUUUUCGAGCUAUUUCUGCUCCUUCGAAAGCUAAGGAUCAAUCUGAAGCGCAUGGUCUUUCAUUACGGUCCGGCCUUUAGAGAAGCCAAGAACCUAACAGCAGACCAGGAAGCAGAUUUCCAGAAGACUUUCGUUCCCCUUGGGGCCCUAUACGAGUACCUGGAAAAACUAGUGCGCAAAAGGUUGAAACCGGCUUUUGAUAACCAUUUUUUUGUCAACGACCGUUACGUGCUGGACUGUCUGAAGAACUGGCUGUCAAAGCUGGAGCGCGAUUACGAGUACAUCUCCCGAAGCAUGGUGUAUCUGGCGAAAAUUGCUGCCAACGAACGAUUUAGAGAAUGGAUCGAAGUCACUGAGCAAACUGACGAGCUGGCACUCGGGAACAACUAUCUUGCGUCUGCUAGAGAGCUCUGCCACUCGUAUCUUCUUCAAGCCUUUGCUCCAAUGAGGCUUAUGGUGCUGGAUCUGAAGAAGCUUUACGCGAAAAUGGAGGACGACAGGCUUGUUGCAUUGGCUCAAGACAUCUUUAAUCUCCUCAAUAACAUCAACAAGAUUAGCGACUUCACUACCGAUCUAGACAAGAAGAUCAAACUGAACGAAAAAUUGGUCUGCACGGACUACUUGUACCUGGAAAUGGUGGAUCUUUUCAAUGCUAAGAGAAAACUUCGUGUUCCGGUAGACAUAAAUCUUCGGACAGCGAUUUCUUCCGAAAGUGCCAUGCUCUACCUGCUAGACAACUACAUACUUCCACUGGUCAAACGCGAACAUAAAGAAGCGAGCUAUUUGCUCAACAAGCCCCCUAUUGCGCUACAAUAUCUUGAGUAUACAAUACAGGAAGAAAACGGAGAAAAGACGCUAAUAUUAAAGGACACCGGAAACUGUUACACGUACAACGUCCGGAACGAGCGUGUGGAUGCUCCUACUCUUUUCAACAACUUUGUUAAGGACAUUCCAAAAUACAAGGAUGAACUAUUCACGAAACUAAGCAAGACAUACGAACUCAAACUAAUCAACGGCACAUCAUUCCAGAGUCCGGUUCCCUAUUACGAAUACACUGUGCCGCCAAUUGAGAGAAAGGAGCUUGAUCUUGUGCAACAGGCUCUAGCUCAAUCGAAGUUCAAGCCGUACUCCGUCCCCCCAAUUGCUAAUACCCAGGUGCUCAGCAUUGACACUUUCCGCAGGGGUAGGGAGCUCUUCUUUGUUGUUGGAACGGCUGACGGGCUUUACAUGGGUAGACACGACCAACCAGCAACGUGGAAGAAGGUCUGUUCAUAUCCGGAUGCCGUCAAACUUACCAUCGUGCACGAGGAGGUGGUUUUUGUCCUUCUAAAGGACAAGCUCUACAAGGUGGACACAAAGGAUAUGUACGAAUGCUACGAGAAAAAUCUGCUGUGCAACUCCAGCCUGUACCAAGUCGCAAAAGGCGUGAACUCGUUUGAAGUUGGUCCCCAAACUGUCCGUCGUGGGCCCAUCGUAAUGGAGUGCGAUAUCUUAUUCUGCUGGACGGACAAAAAGAUAAUGUUCGGCAUCGUUACUGCCAGCAACGGAUGGAAGCUGACGUUUGAGUCAAUGCGGCCCAUUUUCAAGGUUCGGGGAUUGCAGCUGCUACACCCAACAGACUUUGUGAUCAACCACGUCAACGAGAACAAUCCUAUCUUUUACCUGUCGAACCUCAACACGAUGGGCAACACACAACUCAACAAGAUGGACACGCGAAGAGAACUCAAGUCGCGUAUUCGUGGAGAGAGGCCAAUUGCCGCUUUCAAGCAGUUUGUUAAUGACAAAAACACAGACUAUGACCUAUUGCUGGUCUACUCUCGUUACUGCAUGUUCGUGAAGUAUAGCAAAGACCAGAUCGUGUCAAUUUCGCGAGCAGAGAUACUUCGCUUUAAUUUUGAGGUUCAGGACGCCACUUACGACAGCUACGAACAGAUCCUGGUUGUCUGCGGCGAGCAGAACAUCGAGAUCUGGAGGAUACUCAAGGACCGUCAGGCCAAGUCCGAGCUUAUAGGAUGCGUGAUCGGGUCGCAGGCCAGGCUCUUGAAUAAAACGCCUGGAAAAAUCAUCAUCAGCCUGAUGAACAACGAGCGUUAUGCUGGAAAGGGCAACCAGCUGCUCCUGCACUUGCGCAAGCGCAAACAGUGA